AUGCGGGAUGGUUUCGCAUUUCGUCGGUCUAUGCCAGCAAAUCGCCAGAAGAACGAACGAGUUGAGCCUCGCUUCACACGCUGGCCAGUCGAGGUCCAGCAGGUAAUCGUCACUACUCAGGAUGGGCAGCCUCCCAAGGAUGAACUUCGGUAUCCUGGAGAAGGCGAGUGGGAGAGGGUUUGGAACUUGAGCGAUGUCGAGAACUUGUACGACAUGGGACUGUGGGAUAAUUUGGUCGAUAUAUUUGUCCGCGACUAUGGGUUUGGGAACAAAAAUGACGAACCCAAUGCCGAAAGACGGCGCAGGCGAGUGAGUGAGCCGUAUGCAGACGAUGAUCUGCAGGCUGACUGCGGGAUCCAAACCCCUGUCCAUGAUGUCCAGGGCCGAGCAUACUGUAUGGAUGUCCGCCUCAAUGAUGUCAGUCGUCAAGAGACGCCAUGA